CCCGGUUUCGGAGUCUCAGCUCGACCUAACAGCGCUUGUUAGAAGGCUUUUCUCCAAGCUCCCUUUCCUUUCUGUCCUCUGACUCUGAGCCACUGUCCUCAGUUCCUACUUCAGUAGGAAAAAGCCGACAGUGGGCUUACCUCGGCCUCCGUCUUCUCCUGACGGACAGCCCGCGUACCCUCUGCUCUUCAUGGAUCUUCUUGGCCUUUUCUUUCUGUGCUCUAGAUCUCCUGUUUCUCCUGCAUUUGGUCAGCUAGUCUUUGGACUUUACCAUCAGGCUCUUAUUUCCCAUGUCUGCUUCUCUUCAACAUAGAAACAUGAUUAUGUAGAUUUUUCCCGUGUUUAGGAGGGAACCCCCUUCUUUAUCAUGUCUUAUCUAACUUCCUACUUUUCUCAUCCAGGCUUUUUAAUAAAGCAGAUAGCACUAGCUCACUCCCUUCCUUUACUUCCUGUUUGUUCCUCAGAUCCUUGAAGAAAGGGUUUGCCCUCCAUUCCAUGAAAAUGUCUCUCUCUGAGACAGUUACCUUCUAAGGGCAAUCAACAGUCGGUCUUCACCACACCUCUGAUUCCUCUGCAGCGUCUGACAUUGCAAAAUUCUACUUUCUUCUAGUAGGGCUCACUCUCUCACUCUCUCUCUGUCUCUCUCCCCUUCUCUCCUGGUUAUAUUUCUACCAUUUUGACUCAUCCCUCUCUUCUUUCCUUUCUUCUUCUCUUUCCCCCUCCUCCCUACUUCAGAAGGAAAAAUAAAAAGACACCCUCCUUUCCCUCAGGUUUCCCAUUCUCUGGGCUUCCACCUCCACCCUUCUUUUCUCCUGUCACAGCCUCCCUUGAUGAAUUCACUUGCUCUCCUGGCUGUAACCACUCUCCAUUUUCUGAUGAGCCCACAGUGCCAGGCUCCAGGCCCACUGCACCGAAGUAGCACAGCAGAUGCAAUAUUGAUCAGCCACUCCUCGGACCAGCUGAACGGACUGGGAGCAAAUCGGUUAACCUCUUUUCUGUGUUUGAUGAAAACACUCAGCAGAAAUGUGACGUGCUUGGACGUUUUCCGUUAACUGAUGCUUGGUGGCGAGUGAAGGUACAGGUAAAGCCUGUAGGAUCAGGGAGCUAUCAGGUUCAAGGAUUUCCGUCUUACUUUUUACAGUCAGAUAUGUCACCACCAAAUCAAAUCCACAUCUGUUCCCUCUUUCUUAAAGAGUGUAAUGUCUCCAGUGAGCAAAGAAUUAAGUUUUUUACAUGGUUAAAUAAUAAAUCAAGGUAUAAAGACCUCAAUUUUGAAAAUCUUAUGGAAAACUUAAGAACUUGGCAAGAGGAAAUUGAAGGGAAUAGUCAAAAACAGUCUACGCAGAAAACACAAGAGUCACCACCAGAUCAUGGGAUGCCGCUUCCUCUGGAAUUCACAUUUCCAUUUAUAACGGUGAUGAGAGCUUUGCAGUUUCCAAAAAUAAUGGAAUUCCUUCCAGUUCUUCUGCCCCGACACUUCAAACAGCUCAUAACCUCAAAUUCUGUAGAGGUGUUGGAAAAGAUAGAAGAGAUUUUAGGUACACAGCCAUGGAAACUUGGAUUUCGUAAAAUAACCUACAGAGAACUGAAGCUUUUGCGAUGUGAAGCAAGUUGGACGUCAUUUCAUCAAUGCAAGUCUCUUUUCCAGUUGAUGACAGAUUUGGAAAAGAAUGCAUUAAUAAUAUAUUCUCAACUGAAGCAGAUAUGUAGAGAGCAGGGGCACACGUGUGUUGAAGAAGCUGACUUAACUUUUCAACUGUCGGACCUCAUGUCUUUUCACGACGCUUGGCAGUCUCUGAAGUUCUUGAAGGAUAUUGGCGUGGUGACGUAUGAGAAGGGCUGUGUCUUUCUUUAUGACCUUUACCAGGCUGAGAGAGGCAUUGCCUCUUCAGUCUGUGACUUGAUGACCAGGCCUCCAUGGCAAUUACAGGUUGAUGUCAAAAAGGUGCUUGCGUCUAUUUGCACCACAAGACCUGAGAAUUCAGGAAGUGGUGAUACACUGAAUAAAAGUAAACCUGAUGAAACAAGAUUAGAAGAUCUUGUGGAUAUUUUGGACAUGCAAGACAGCGGUGACCAUAUUUGGGAUGAUGGUGAAAAGGAAGUGAAUGCAGAAAUGAGUGAGGGUCAACUGGAUCAGGACCAGAUGACUGCUCUGGACAUGAUUUGCUCCAAUGCUGUGACAGUCAUAAGUGGGAAAGGUGGUUGUGGGAAGACCACAAUUGUUAGCCAGCUUUUUAAGCACAUAGAGUUGUUGGAAGAAAAAGAAGUGAAAAAAGCUUGUGAAGAUUUUGAACAAGACUGGAAUGUACCAGAAGAAUGGAUCACCUUCACCGAGCAAAGUCAGCAGAAACUGGACAAGGCUAUAGAAGUUUUACUUACGGCACCUACAGGGAAAGCAGCUGGCUUACUGAGACAGAAAACUGGUUUUAAUGCUUAUACACUAUGUCAGGUCAAUUAUAGUUUCUAUUUAUGGAAGGAAAAAAAAAAGACCAAGAACAGGCCAUGGAAAUUUUCUUCGGUUAGAGUUCUGGUUGUGGAUGAAGGGAGUUUGGUAUCGGUAGCAAUCUUCAAGUCGGUUUUAAAUUUAUUGUGUGAGCACUCCAAACUUUCUAAACUUAUUAUCCUUGGUGAUGUUAGACAGUUACCCAGUAUUGAGCCUGGUAACUUGCUGAAAGAUCUUUUUGAAACUCUUAAAUCAAGAAAUUGUGCUAUUGAACUAAAGACGAACCAUAGAGCAGAAUCUGAACUAAUUGUGGACAAUGCUACAAGAAUCUCAAGAUGCCAGUUUCCAACAUUUGAUGCAGAGUUGAAUAUCUCUGAUAAUCUGACAUUCCCUGUCUCAGUACAAGAUAAAUCAUUUAUUUUUGUCAGACUUCCAGAAGAAGAUGCCAGUUCUCAGUCCUCAAAAAGUAAUCAUCAGUCUUAUUUAUAUUCUGCAGUUAGUACUUUACUCAAAGAAAAGGACCUAGAAGACGUGAAAACAUCACAAUUUAUUGCAUUUAGAAGGCAGGACUGUGACGUGAUCAACGCCUGCUGUUGCAAGCACUACACAGGACAUCUAAUCAAAAACCAUCAGAAUAGACUUGAAUUUGGAGUUGGUGAUAAAAUUUGUUGUACCAAGAAUGCAUAUCUCUCAGAGUUACUCCCUGAAAAUACCUUCAACAGUCAACAAAAUAAUGAAUUAAAAGCUAGUGGUAAAGACUUUAAUGGUGGUACUCCUGGUUUUGCUAAAAAUAUGCAUGACUUUGAAAGUGGUACUCGACUCUGCAAUGGAGAAAUAUUUUUUAUAACAGCGGAUAAAACUGAUGUAACUUUUGGAAAGAAAAGAUUUUUGACCAUUAAUAAUAUGGCUGGCCUGGAAGUAACUGUGGAUUUUGGAAAACUAAUGCAAUAUUGUCACAUAAAACAUGCAUGGGCAAGAACGAUUCAUACUUUUCAGGGGUCGGAGGAGAAGACAGUCGUGUACGUGGUGGGGAAGGCGGGCCGCCAGCACUGGCAGCACGUGUACACCGCCGUGACCCGGGGCCGCUGCAGGGUGUACGUCAUCGCAGAAGAGUCUCAGCUUCGGAGUGCCAUCAUGAGAAAGAGCGUUCCUAGGAAAACGCGUUUAAAACAUUUUCUGCAAAACAAACUUUCCAGGAGCUGUACACCUCCAGCAGAGUUUGCUUCCUCAUCCAAGAACCUUGAAGACAGCAGGAGACCCGGCACACAGCCGUCAGCAUCUUCACUCUCUACGGUCACAGCUGACACGGUGACAAAUGACAGCCCCAGAAGCGGGGACUCUGUGGCCGAUGACAUGCUGCUUGCCUUUGCUGAAGGAUGGGAGUUAUCUUCACAUGAUGAAGUGGAUGCAACUGAGGAUCCGUCACAACUGAGAGGCUCCAAAAGGACAUGUGGCUCGAAUGAUGGUGAAAGUCCAAGCAAAAUUCUUAUGGUGGAAGAAUCAUCUCCACAAGUGUCUUCUAAGCUUCAGAAUCUGAGACUAAAUAGUUUAACCCCCAAGCAACUUUUCAAAUCCACAAAUAAUCGAGAAACUUAGUUUUAUUUCAGAUUGCUCAAAAUAAUUGUCUGUUUUUUCCAUGCAAUACAAAAUGAAAUCAUGGCUUCAAAGGAUUAAGACAAAAGAAGACGUCUGUUAACGAGUUCUAUUUUAAGGUAUUUGUAGUAGCAACUGUUUUCAAUUUAUUCAUCAAAGAAAAUCUUAAUGAUAUUGACAUCUGUCAUCAGGAGAACUGGUAGCACUGGUCAUAUAUGAUGGAAAAAUAUGUUAUCUAUGUAUUUUUAAAAACGCUGUACUUCAGUGUUCAGUUGCUCAGUUGUGUCUGACUCUUUGCAGCCCCAUGGACUGUAUAUCCUGCUAGGCUCUUCUGCCCAUGGAAUUUUAAAAGUGUUUUAAAAUUGUUUUAUUUUUAGAAUAAUGCCUUAUUAACUUCCAUCAUCAUUGUGGGUGAUCUUUGCUAAUGGGUUGAAGCAAUGGUAAAGAUAAACUAAUUACAUCUCUUAAAUUCUUAACACAGAUUCUAGGGUAUUUUGUGUACUUUAAACUGGUCACGUCACAAGCUUGCCACUUGCUCCAUCACUGCUGCCUGCGUCUUUUAGGCACUUUCUUAGAAAUUCCUUCUGAGCAGGGAUUUCAUUGGUUUUUGUAUAAUUUAAGAUAUAAUGUGCAUCUUGUUGGUUUAAUACUUCUAUAUUGCAAUAUUACCACUGUAGCAUUAACAUGUCUAUCAUGUCACACAAUUAUCAUUUCUUAUUGUUUUAAAAAUAUUACACUUUGAAGAUAUUUUUUCUCUCAAAGUGUUUCGAUUUUUUUUUUUUUUUGAGUUUUCUAUAUUUCCCUUCUCCAAUGGAAUCAUACAAUAUAUGGUCCCUUGUUACUGACUUCUUUGACUUAGAAUAAUGUUUGCAGACUUCAUCCACAUUGUAACAUGUAACAGUGCUUCAUCUCUCUCUCAAGAUUAAAAAAAAAUGAUGUGCAAA